GGGGGCGCUGUUGUGCACGCAAACGUUUAAUCCACGCAAAGUACUGAGGAGAAGAAGAGUGCGCGAGAAGACGAAGAAGAGCAGCAAAGAAAUUAUCUGUUUCUGUGCAGGUCAAUUUAUUUACGAACUCAGAAACCAAAGCAGGAGAAGACCAUGCUGAGAGCGUGUCUGAGAGGGGCUAAUGCUACCGCCCGGAAGAACUACAGGAGAAUCCCUCUUACCAGUCUGCAGCAGUGUCGGCACUACACAGCAGGAGAGAGCAGUAGUGCUUCCAAAGUGGUUGUUGCUGGCUUGUUGACAGUAAGUGGUGGCAUUGGAGGGACCGUACUCUACGCCAAAUGGGACCAUAAGUUCAGAGCAGCGGUUGAGAAGAACGUCCCGUACUCAGACUGGCUGCUGGGUUUGGCUUUGGGACCCGCUGCCCAAGAUCCUGGCCUCCCCAUAAAGAAACGGGUGGAGUUGGCCCAGCCGCCCUCUAUGAUAGAAAAACAAAUGAAGAAGUCGGCGAAGAAGGAGGGAGCCGAGGGUCCGGUCAAAGACUCCAGCCCCGCCCCCAGUCAGCCUGCACAGAGCCUACAGGAGGCCUCAGCAGAGGCGACUCAUAUCAUCUCAGCCAUCGGUGAGGUCCCAUCAGUCCCUGCUCCAUGUGACACAGAGGCAGCAGCAGUCAAAGGUAUCAUCACUGAAACAGGACCUUGCUGUGAGGCUACAGUGCUAACCACUGCACGCUCUGCUGUCCUUCUUUAUUGUCAUUAUGCAGCACAAAGCAAAAUUCUGGGCGGCAGCUUAGAAGAGCCAGUAUCUAAACCACAGACCAAUCCACAGUGGGCACAUGGUAUAUUUAUAGACAGUAAAUGUCUCUGCCUCCUGUGUGAUUGCUUUGCAGCGGUAUCAGCCAGUCUUGAAGACUCACUGGCGAGCUCAGCCAAAGCUGCUCUGCAGGCCAUAGGAGCGCAAGAAGCAGCCCUGCAGGCUAUCAUGCAGCACACAGACAAACUGAAGGAGGCUAUGGAAGCAGAGGUUCUUCCUGAGGAGAAGUCAAACCAGUGGAAGGACCUGGAAGCUGCUCUUGCUGAUAGAACCACGGCUUUGAACGAUGCCAGAGCCGCUCUGUCGAAAGCAAACGAGUCCUUGGACAGUCUCAGGUCAGUGAUUGACGAGUCCAAAGGGCUGAAGAUAUCCUCUGUUCGCCCGCUGGUUUUAGCAGCAGAGGAGAAUCUCCAUAACAUGGUUGUGGACUUGGACAAAAUGGUCAUGAAGGUUCAGUCUGCAGAGUCGGAGGCUAAGAUCGUCUCCCAGUACAGUGAACUGGUUAACGAAGCCAAACGACAGUUUCAAAGGGAAGUCAGCAGUCUCACUCCAGAGAUCCAGGCCAACUGGAAAGGGCUCACUGGUAAACUGUCCACAGACGACCUCAACGCUCUGAUCGCCCAUGCACAUCGUCGCAUUGACCAGUUGAACCGAGAGCUGGCUGAGCAGAAGGUCAGAGAGAAGAUCCACAUUGAUGCAGCGUUGGAGCAACAGAAACUCGAGGACCAGAAAGCUCUGGACAACGCUGUCAACACUGCCCUGCAACAUGUCAAAGAAGAUGCCCGGCUGGACCAGGAGAGGAAGCUGGCUGAGUUAAGAGAAGUGAUGGAGGCAGAGAUGAGGACUCAGCUGCGGCGGCAGGCAGCAGCUCACACAGACCACGUCCAAGAUGUGCUCAAAGUCCAGGAGCACGAGCUGAAAGCUGAGGCUGAGCAGGUACUGAGCAGUAAGAUGCUGGAACAGGAGACUCGCUACCGUCAGCUGACCCAGGAACAGCUCGACAACUUCACUUUGGACAUGAACACAGCCUACGCGAGGCUGAAGGGGGUGGAAGAAGCUAUAGACAGCCACGUGGUAGCAGAGGACGAGGCUCGUAAGGCCCACCAGCUGUGGCUCUCUGUGGAGGCUCUCAGUUACUCCCUAAAGACUGCUGAAGCCGACGUGCCCACUGUGCCUCUGGAGAACGCCGCUCAGGCUGUUCGCGACAGCUGCCGAGACAACGACUUUGCCUUGGCGCUGGCGUCGGCUCUUCCAGAGAAAUCCCUGCAGCGAGGCGUGUACAGCGAGGCCUCUCUCCGUGCCCGUUUCAACUCCUUGCGAUCGCUGGCCCGCCGCGUCGCUCUCAUCGAUGAAUCUCGUAACUCCUUGUAUCAGUAUUUCUUGUCCUACCUUCAAGCUGCACUGCUGUUUGAGAAGAGUCAGGAAGCUCCGCCUAGCCAGCUGAGCUCUGAGGAUUUAGAUCCAUUCAAGCUUCUGUCAUAUGCUAGCUACUGCUUAGAGCACGGGGACCUGGAGUUAGCAGCUAAACUGGUGAACCAGCUGAGAGGAGAGGCCAGGAGAGUGGUGGAGGACUGGCUUAUUGAAGCCAGACUCACACUGGAAACUAGGCAGGUAGUGAAUCUGCUGUCUGCUUACGCAAAUGCUGUGGGUUUGGGUACCACACAGGCGCCGUAGGUUGCCACAGUAACCGUUAAGGGAAAAAAUCUGCUAAAAGUCUUUUUUUCCAAGAAGUAUCAAAGUUCCCGAGUGUAGCUGGAAGUGGCUCAGGAGAAGCUUCAGCCUGAAUCCUUUGUGCAGGGAAGCAUGGGCAGUCUGCAGCACAGAAAGAUGGUUUCUUCCUUUUAAGUUCCCUGAACCACAUAAAUGUAUUCCUCUGAAAGCACUGUGGCCACUUAUUUAUAUGAUACAUUCAAUGCACUUCUUAGCUUAGUCUUAUCAAUUCAGACUGCAGGUUUGGCCCAGCUAUUCGUCUCCAGCCCGUGUGUUAUGGAACCGUCAUCCUACGAAUUACAGUUGGAUAUUUGUGAAUACUGCACAUGUUAAAUAAAUCCUGGAAAAAAGAAAA